AUGAGGGGCCUCCUCGGCGUGGCCCUGGUUGCGGGCCUGCUGGUCUGCUGCCAUGCCGGCUCGGGCAAGGACGUAUGGGGCAUCGACACGCUGAUCAACUACCCUUCUGGCGAGGAGCGCAAGACGGUGCCGGUGCAGGCCAACGACGACGCCGCGCCCGCCCCCAUCGACCUCAAGUGCCAGUGCUCUGACGCCGACCCGCGCGGCGAGGCCACCCAGAGCAUCUCCUACACCUGCCUGUACCAGCGUCACUACGGCAACUGCAACCAGGCCUACAUGUUUGACGCCAACGCCGAGCUGGCGCCAGAGGGCUUCUGCCAGAUGUCCUGCUCGCGGUGCAGCUGCUGCCAGCCGGCCCACGACGUGCUGGCGCAGCUGGGGGCCACCCGCUUCCUCCAGGCCGCCAACGCCACCUCCCCCGGCCUCACCGCCCUGCUGCUCAACCCCGGCUUCACGGGCACGCUGCUGGUGCCCACUGACGCCGCCUUUGACGCCGCGCUGGCCAAGUACCAGGGCCUGCUCCAGAACCCCGCCGCCCUGCAGCAGCUGCUCAAGUUCCACAUCCUGCCUCCCGAGCCGGUGCGGCGCGGCCUGUGGACCUCCCCCUUCCUCUCCCUGGGCCCCAAGCUGUACACGCUGUACGAUGGCCCCCAGACGCUGUCCACCCCGAGGUUUGCGCUGCCCCCCGGCGUCACCUGGGAGGGCGGCAUCGCCGGGUUCGCCAUCCAGAGCCCCUUCAGCUCCGCCAGCUCUGACGUGCCGGCCUGCAAGGCAUACAUCGCACUCAUCGACUCCGUGCUGCUCCCCUUUGACCCCGCCGCCGUCCUGCCCACCGACUUCACGGCGGCCGCCGCCAUGCUGGGCGCGCGCGGCUGCGGGGUGCAGCCCAACGCGAUGAUCGCGGGGCAGGAGGUCAAGCCCGGGGCCGCCAACCGACAGGCCACCAUCGGCGCCUGCUGCGACUCGUGCGCCGCCACCCCCGGCUGCAACGCCUGGCGCUACUGCUCGCAGAAGGGCGGCUGCGCCAUGCCGGACCGCACCACCUUCCCCUACGGCUACUGCGCACUGCUGAGAAGCCCCGAGGUGGCUGUGGGGCAGGCGCCAGCCUACCUCGACUUCAGCUCCGUCACGGUACCGCUGGCCAGCGGCUUCGUCAUCGCCAGCCAGGCCGCCGCCGCCGUGGCGCCCCCCGCCCUGGCCCAGCCCGCCGUCGUGCAGGCGGCCAGCGGCGGCGGGCGCAGGCUGCUGCAGGGCUGA